AUGGAUACGCGUGCCGCGAUGUCGGCCUCAUCCACCAAGAUGGAUGGGGCGGCAGUGCUCGUCGAGAAAUCCGCGACUGCGUCAAAGCCGUCUGGUGCGGCUGGCAGCUCUCCGUCUGCCCGCUGCACCCCCUCCCCUUGCACUGGCAGUCCCACCUCGCACGAUUUUCAGAAGAGCGUGUUGCCGCCGUCGGAGAGCAGCACCCGUGGCGCUGCUGCUGUCGCACACACCGCAGCCACGGACGCUGCAAUGCCACCAUCACUGGCACCAUCGGCAACGCCACCGAGCACGUUCAAGUCGCCCGCAGCGUCUCCAGUCUUCUCGCCCCAGAUGCCUGACAGCAACACCAACACCAGUCGUGCCGCUCUUGGAGUCUCCAUUGCCGUCGAGGCCUGUGGUGCAGCGGCGCAGACGUUGUCUGCGCCAGCGGCAACGCCUUCAUCGCCAGCACUCCCACCGUCAGCGCCGUCGCCCCCAGCAUCCGCGUGGCUUCUUCCCCGGGACGACGUGACGUACAUCUUAUCAUCCCUGACGUGGAACGUGGACCUCCUGCGGUUGCUACUUCCACACGCGCCGUGCCCACUGCACCUUCCCGGAGCCGAACCUCUUGCGGAAGUGCCGUCCCCCACAGCCGGAGAACUUGCCACAUCGACAGCACUGGCUGCUGCCCCUGCGUCGCCCACGCUGCUUAGUAGUGAUAUGAACGAAGAGGAAGCGAACGCGGAAGCAGGGCAAGAGGGUUCGACCGUGAAGUGCGCGGCCAAGAGCAUCGUGGAUGGCGCGGCGACGGUUUGUGGGGCAUCUUCAGCGGGCACGCUGCAAUCUCUCAAGGCCGAUAAGCGUGGCGACACAUCGAGCGUCGCGUCGAAGAUGCACACAAGCGGUGCAUCUGCACAAGAGGCACACCACACACGUGACAGCCCUGCUGCUGUCACUGAUAUCGUCCCCAACCCACGCUCCCUGUCACCGCCGCCGGCGUCGUCGUCGUCGGCGCUCACGACGAGCGUCGCGGUGUCCGGGACGUCAGGCGCUGUCUCCACCGUGCCACUCACCUGGUCGCAAUACCUGUUUCGCGGGGCUGGCGGCGGUGUCAGAACCGUCGUGGGAAGUCAGCGUAACGGUGCGACUUCAGUGCUUGGCGAUGACGCCGCCCGAGCGCGACAGCAGCCACAGCAGCAGUCGUCGCUUGUCCGUGGUCAGGCCCCGCCCCCGGCAUUCGUGCACGGGGUCGGCAGAGGCCUUCCGCACAGUCAUAGUGACGGGGCGCUGGUGCGCGAACCGAAAACGUCUGCGGGCACGCCAGCAGCGGCACCCAACUCCGCGUACGUAUCCUCCUCCAUCUUCCACGCGCAGUACCUCCCCUCGCUGGAAGAGUUUCAGCGUCAGUUGGAGGAGCACAAACAUCAGCAGCAGCUUCUCCUUCGCCAGCAGCAGCAGCAGCCACCGACCUUGUCAGCCACCCGCCUUCAGCAGCACCUCCAGCAGCAGCAGCAGCAGCAGCAAUCCCAGCCCCACCAUUACCACCGCCGUCGUGCGGCGACGAACAAGACGUUCUUCUACUCGCCGACCCCGUCUGUCCUGUCCUUUGCCACAACUGCCGCGACGACGACCGUCAGCGCGAGCGCCACCGAUGAGGGUUGCGUGGGAGAGCAGCAGCGCUGUCAGCUCUCGUGCAGCGGCGCAACGGUGACGUCACCGAGAAGCCCGCCGCUGCCGCUGGCCGAACACCGCAGUCACGCAGCAGCCGCCUCGGGCACGUGGUCAUCGUCAUUGCCGCCCUCGCCGCCGGUGUCCUCCUCCGCGUCGCAGGCGCGCCGUGUCCUCCAGCAACCCCAGCGCCUGCUUGGCUGCAGUGGGCUUCGCCUGCGCCCCUGUACCUCCUCCACCCUCUCCCUCGACAACCUUGACAGCGGCGGUGGUGGUGGCGGCGGCAGCGAUAACGAGGAGGCGGGGGGCGGGAUCGGUGCUACCGCAGAGACCCCUUCAGUGCGGUACCCUACCCCUCACUCAUCGCGUCCGUCGCCCUCGCAGCCACAGCAACAGUCGAUUAUGAUGCUGCGAGCCGCCGAUCAGUUGCGUGUGUCCAUCGUGUCCUCUUCGGCACAAAGGCGGUCGCCACUGCUGUUGCACACCGGCGAUGGUCGCACCAGCCGCGACAGUAGAGGGAGCUCGCGCACCACCGCGCGUGAUGACGACGACGAGAACGAGGAAUGGGCCUUAAGCCGUCGCGGCGCCCGCGGCAGCCGCGGCGUCCGGCCAUCGAGCUCGCUUCCGGCCUCGCCGACCGUCAGCAUCAGCUCCAUGUCCUUCAGCCCUGUGUGGUCGACCACCUUGAGCGGACGCGCGACCCCGCGCACCACCCUCGCCACCGGCGUCGGGAGUAGUGUGGCGAACCACAACCCACACUUCAACGGCAGCAGCUUCGGCGGUGUCGGCCACGCCUCGCCGUAUUCGGCCGCGAAAGGUCGCAAGAACGCACGCCGCAGACGGAAACCGACAUGCACGCGGAGACGGCGUAUAAUGCGUGUCUACGUGCCCAGUAUCACGGAAGGACCAAAGGCAGCGAGCCUGUACACCGCACCGACCGCGGAGGCGCAGGAGCUGCUGCUGCAGCUGCAGCACCGCGCAGCAAUGUCACUGCUUUCCGGCCCCACGGCGAAACCCCUGGCAGGACACAGCGCGACAGCCACCGCCGUCUCCCCCGCGUCGUCCACUCCUAGAACGUACGCGAUGGCGGCUGGAGUGCGCGUCUCCGCAUUGCCCGCACCGACAGCAUCAGCGACGUCCCCGGCGAUUCAGCCGUGCGGUGUCGCCGCCUCCCCUCGCCCAAGCACAUUUGCAGAGGCGGCACGCGCGAAGAGCGGGAAUGGGAGCGGUACCUCUGCCGGCGUGCUGACGCCAGGACAGGUACAGCGGCAGCAGCGCGGCUUCACAGACUCCAGCGUCCCGUCCUCCACGGCACCCCGGAACCCCGGAGAAGCAGAGCAGACGCCGCACCUCUUGACGCUGCCGCAGUCGCUGCGAAGCCACGAAACCGCCACAGACCUGCUCAGUGCAUCGUGGUCAGGCGUGGCGGCAGCUCCACCAUCGGCAGCAGCCGCAGCGCCGACACCGAGGUCCUUUACUUCCGCUGGGAGCAGCAGCGAUGGCGGCCCUGGCGACCUCGGUGACGAAGUCGGCGAACCUGGUCGAGCUGAAGCUUCAAUGAGCACGGCGGCAGACACAUCAGCAGAGGCGCAUAAUCGGCCGUUGAGUGCACCGGCAUCCGCAGCCGGGUCCGUGACGCCUGUGGAGCUGCCGCAGUGGGUGCGGGAGCGGCCGCUGUCCGCCUUGUACUACCAGCCGUGGGGGCUGGAGCUGCUGGCACGCUACGAGGCUUCGCGGCACGAGCAGCAGCUGAUGAGAGCACGAACGCUUCGUCGCUUGGGGCUGGGUGUCGGCAGCAGCACUGCUGUAGCGGGUGCCGCUGUAUCAGAGGUCGGUGUUAGCGGGAACAAGUCCAGUCCAGCAGCAUCGAUGCACAGCAGCAGCGGCACGUCGCCAUACACGACGUCGUCGCCUGCUGAAGCAACGGCAGUGCCGCAUGUGCCUGUGCGCUCGCGCCCCUCUCUCGGUACGAGUCGUGGCGGCUGCACCAGCACCGCAACGGCAGCAGCAGCGGCAGCAGAAGCGCCACCAACGUCAUCCUCCAGCACCUCACGUGUUUCCUGGGCAGCGGCGCUUCGUCAACCACAGCGCGCGAACCUCACCUCCGGCAGCAGCGGCGGGGUCGGCUCCAACGCGGCGUCAGCGGCGGCGAACAUGAUUACGGCAACAACAACGAUGAACAACAGCUCGACAGCGACCACAGCAACGGCGGCCGUGGACCUGAGGCAGCGGCAGCGACCGCUGCAGCUGCCAGCGGUCGUGCCUGAGUGGCCGCCAGAGCUCUCGGCCGCGGAGGAGAUGGAUGCAUGGGAAGAGGCGUACUACUUUGGCGGGGUCACCACGGCGUCAUCAUCGUCACAGCAGCAGGAGCAGCAGCAGCAUCGCCAGACGCGUCGCUCUGCGACGAAGCCUCGCGAUCGUGGGGCGAGCGACACCAAGAAGGGCCACCCAGAAGGCAAGCAUGGGACAUUGCCGACGGAUUUGGGAGGCCGUGUGGGCGGCUCCUCUGGUCAGGUGAAGGGCCUCAGCAGCAACACUCUUGUGACGUGCUCGGCGGCGGCCUCGGCAGCGGUGCUUAAGCGGCAGCAGUGGUGGCUCAACGAGGAAAUACAGCCUCCGACGCUGUACCUGAGUCGGCAGCGGCGCUCGUCGCGUCGCCGCUCCCGGGUGGCGUACCCGAGCGACACGUUCCGCAGCAGCACCGCGCGCCGCGCCGGCGCCACCUCAGCUGCGGCGGAACUCUUUGGCAGACACAAGGAUGCACAUUCCACCCCGACCGUCGACGCGACCGCCGCAGCGCCGACUUGCGUGAAGGCAUUGGGAGAGGCGGUGCCGGUGUCACAUACAGCGGCAGACCCACCUGCCAGCAGCAGCCUCACCUUCGCCUCCUCCGUAAGCAGAAGCGACGUGACCCUGUACAGUGACGGCCACCCGCGCAAGAAGGCCGCCCAAUUAUUCUACCCGGCGCCCUCCCUGCACGGGGUAGGGGCCCCGCUGCCAUCGCCUUUCACGAAGCUCGACCAUCGCACUAUCGGCCAGGGCGCCGGCACCAGCGGUCAUGCAGGCGUCCUGCUGCCAGUGUCGGCGGCUGUGGGCACUGAUGCGAUGCAGCGAGGCGGUGACAUCGCUGACGCACAGCAGAAACAGCAACACGUGGGGGUGGGCAACCGCGCUGCGGAGGACGAGCAGGUAGAGAUGGGGGCGAGCGCGACACAGCUGGAGGGCAGUGCCGUCGAGCAGGUGGUCGACAGCAGCGGCUGUGACGGUGGCGAAGAGGCUGAUGCCGCUAAGUCGGGGCUACAAUGGCAUCCGCCGGCUUGGUCGUCGGCUGACAAUCCUCACCGUUCGAGUAGCGACCGCAUGAGUGGUGCAACGGACUCGACGUCGACCACCCUCGCCGCCACCUGCGCGUCAACACCGGCAGCGACGCCACCGGUAGACGUGACUGCACCGCGGCCAUGCGCUGAUGUGGAUGUCAUCUUCUUUCUUCAGAAGUUCAUGCGUGCAGUGCUGAUCGUCUUUAUCGCGCAGGUGCGCCUCCAGCAGCUGCAGCAACACCAGGAACGCGAACUGCAAGCGUACCCCCUCCACGAUGCGACGUGUCCUGCGGGGGCCUACCUGCUAGACCAGCAUGCGCAGGUUCAGCGGAUGAGAGCCAAGGACCGGGACGGUAGCCGCGCCAUCCGCGGUGACCCGGCAGCGGCUGGUGCAACGGCAGCCGCGGCGUCGGAUGGAGGUGGGCUUUCGAAGCUGGAGCGGAGCGCCCUGGCCUUUGUGCGCUACUACUUGGCAGACUAUCGGCACAUGAUCACCGCGUACGUCAUGCGCGACGACCGCGAGGUGGCACGGCGCUCGGCGCAGGCCAUCCUGUCCCCUCCCCAAGCAUCCGCUUCGACUCGGUCGAUGCUGCCGCCGUCGGCCGUCGCUGCACCAGGGGCGAUGGGCAGGGGGACCAGCUCGGCGCCGGACCCCCUGUUCCAGCAAGACGUUUUGGCACGGUGGCUGCAUGCGACUCGAGUGAAGACGGUGUACGAGGAAGCUGUUAGAGUGGCCACCCAAGGCUUUCCAGGCGACGCGGACGCGAACCCGCCGGCGACGCCGGUCGACGACGUGGAGUCGCUUCGCACAGCGCAGGUGUACAUCAGCGGCAAGGACGCCGCGUGGCAGCCGCUGCUGAUGGAGCUGCUGCAAGUGAGUCGCGUGGUGCAGUGCUACAGCGAUGGCCCGGUUGUCGCGGCAACAGGCUCAGCGCCGUCGGCAUCUGCAACGUCACCCCAGCGGCUUCUGCUGGCGAGCCUGGAAAAGUUCUUGGCCCAGCCGACGCUACCGCUGUUUCGCCAUGCUGGAUCUGGCGCGUCCGCUACGCCGCAGGCGCUGACGACGACCCCGACAAGCUCCGCCGCUCCCUCGACGAUCACCGCCACAGCCGCGUCAGACUCUCUUGCAUCCGACUUGCGCAUGACGACGGCUCCGUCGCUCACGCCAGCGCAGGCGGCGGCGGCGGCGCUGAUGGUGGAGGAAAGCGAUGACUUUCGGGCCUACCUCCUCUCCGGGUAUGUAAGAGAGGACGCCGCCGCCGCCGCCGAUGGCAGCAGCGCGACAGCGAGCGCCACCUUCGCCGCCAAGCCGGCGACCACAGCGCUGCGUCACAGCCAGAGUGCGCCAACCCUGUCGGCCAGAGUAGUGCAGCAGCGGCAACACUCAUCGGCGUCCUCCGCAGCUGUGAUGCCGCCCUCCACAGCGGUGCAUGCGAUGAGCAGCCAUCCACAGCUCCAGCAGCCGCAGUCACCGAGCCUGCUCUUCGACGCGGGCUCGCUGCUGCAGCCCUUGACGUGGUACCCGUACGCUUACAUGCCAGGCACCGCGAACCCGUACGCCCAGAGCGCAGACUCCAACUCCACCCGCAUAACACCAGCCAAGGCCGCCACCGCGUCCUCCAUGACGCUGUAUGUGACGAUGUUGCCGCUGAGCGGGCGGCUGCUGUGGCGGUGGGUGGUGCCGGCCGAGGACACGGAUAACUUCAACCUCUCCGUGUUCUUCCAGUCGUCGCUCUUUUCCUUCAUGCAAGGCGGAUCUUUGCCGAUGCCGUCUGCCACGCCUGAAUGGCAUGCCGCCGCCAUCGGACACGGCGCGGUGGGGUACGCGCCCACGCCGAUGGCGAUGCUGAUGGCACCAUCGCCGUCACCGCACCCGUCGCUGACGUGGCCGCCAGCACUGGCCGCUCGCAUCGAUGCGCAGCUGCGCAACGAUGCCUUCAGAGCCGCAUGGGGUGAGGUGUCAUCGCCGUGCAUGUGCGGUACUGCAGCGGCAGCCGUCCGCAAGGGCCAUCGAUUCGGCUCGGAGUUGUGUGGCGAGAUGCCGGAGGUCACGCUCGUGCACUGCUCUGCUGGCAUGCACCGCUCGUGCGGCAUCUUGGUAGCUUUUCUGCUCUGGUUGCUAUAUCAGUGCCGGCAAGUACUCCGCACUGAGCAGACUCUCGGUCUCGGGCCGCUGAGCUGCAUGAGUGCCCCGGCACCAUCGCUGCCUGCCGGCGACGAAGCUGCCCACGACGCUGCCGUGAAAGCACUGCUACUUGACGACGUGGACGCACUCGCACCCGCAGCCGCGUCAGCUGCAGACGGCGGGGAUGAGGAGCAGCAGAAGCAGCCGGCGCAACGCACGAAGAACACCGCCGCAGACGCCGACGCACCGUGGCUAACGAGUCGCCUUCUUCACCGCACCAUUCACCACGUCCAGCAGCAGCGCAGCAUCGCAGUGCCCAUCCGCACGGUCCAGUGCCUGCUGCAGUCCUUUGCGAAUGAGCUGCGGCUGAACUAG